AUGCCAGCUACUUCGGAGGACUCCGACGAGCUACAGAGGAAGCAGUUCGAGUCCAGCAUUUUUAAGGUCCUGCACGGGGACGUUCGGACCGGGCGCUGGAUCUUAGCAAACAGCGGCGUGCACCCCUCCUGCGACGAUACCGUCAACCUCAUGAAGGGCAAGUUCCUCACCGACCCUGCCGACGACUCCAUCGGGAAUCGUCCUGGCCUGGCGCGGAAGGCCGCCCGUUGCAAGCCGCCGGUGGUGCAGCCGAGGAUCGUCAGCACGGUCGUGGCACGGACAGCGGAUUGCAAAGCCUCGGAUUGCAAGAUCGCGUCCGACCCCUCGGGCCUCGUGGCGUUGACUGGUUGGGCUCAGGCGUGGGUGUCUGGCUCCAUACCGGAAGUCAUGGCUGCGCCCUGGAGGUCCGUUCUGGGCGUGCCUCUCCGGAAAGGCGACGACGGGGCAGACGAGAUGGUGCAGCACAAGGUCACAAAACUGCUUUCGGGUACCCAGCUCGGCAUCGGAGAACAAACAGCUCCAGAGACUAUGCUGUGCAUCGGCAGGGCGUUGGCCGAGCUCUGCCCUGGCGACGCCUUCUGCGCUUUUGAUAUGCACAACGCCUUUGGCGAGGUCUCCAGAGCAGAGAUCAUGGAAGAGGUGCACAAGGAGGUCCCAGAGAUAGCACUUUACUUGUUGAACCUGUGGGGGCCCGCCGGCACGCCAGUGUACACGGCGUAUUCUGCGUCGGCCUGCGCUGUUGCAGGCGCGCCAGUGCACUUCGAGUACAUGGACGACAUGCUCAUGAAGCUGCAGCCGGAUAUGGUCGGAUCUUGGCUACCGAUCUUGGUCGACGCCCUGGCCUCCGUGAACCUCCGGCUGAACCUGCGCAAAACCAAGGUAUGGAUACCUUCUGCUCUGGCUGAUCGACCCCGCCCGGCCCUCAUGCAGGCAGGCCUGCCGCAGGUCUUCGGCAGCCUGGAAAUCAUGGGGGGCGCUCUCGAGGGCCAGCACGCGGCGUCGAUCGGGUGCUCAACCACGCCGGCUGUUUCGACGAAGCGCUUGGAGCAGGCAGAGAAACUGGCGCACACGCUGCAGGAGAUGCUGCGCACACCCCUGGCGAGACCUGUUCACCGUGUUGUAUGGACGCUACUGGACAAGGUACUUAACAAGGCAUUGGACUACGACGCCCGCAUUCUUCACCCGGAGUUUUUCUCCACUCUUGCGGAGCGAUUGGACCGUGCCGUGUUGAUCACAUCUUGCAAAGCAGUGCGCGUCGACAGGUUCACCGUGGUGCAAGAGUCGUGUCUGAGGUUGUCUGCUAAACUUGGAGGGUGCGACUUGGUCAGCUGCGCUUCCAAAAGCUCAUUUUCUCAUCUCGCCGGAGCUGUCCAGUACUUGCCGGCAGUGACGCGGAGGCUCCAGGAUCUCGGUUCCGACCAGAGGCGCAUCGCGGAGGUCGUGGACUUGGGCGGCGUGGCACACUGUCUUACCGCGCUUGCCCAGCGCGGCGUGCACGUGAGGCCCGACUGCACGGUGGUUUGCGGAGCUCCGCCCGCAAGCAGCCUGGAGCCAUCCUCUUUGCUGUGGGGCCAGGCGCGCAAACUGCACGGAGCGCUGCUGGAGGCAUUGCAGUCUACUUUGCACGAGGCUCUGCGGGCUCGCUACUUUGGGUCGCAACGAGAUUUGGCGCGCUUGCAGAGCUGCGCGGGGUCUGUCUCCAGCCGGUGGCUCACCGAGUUUCCCGCGUCGUGGUGGCCAGAGAUCACGGACGACAAGUUUGUGAUGGCUCUCAAGUUCAGGCUCGGCCUGCAGGUGUAUCCUGCUGGCCUGCAGUGCAUGCGCGCGAAGUCCAAGGAUCAGGCUGAUCGUUGUGGCAAGGAUCUGGACAUGUUUGGCGACCACGCCGUAUGCUGCAAUACGGGCCCCUACAUUUCGAUGCGGCACGGCUCGUUGAACGGCGUUCUGGCGCAGGCUGGACGCGACGCCGGGUACUCGGCGCUGCUGGAGCAAACCGUGCCCGAGCUCGGCCUGAGGAAGCGCCGGCGGGACGGCAGGGAGGUCCUGGAGGAGGCCGUCCUGGACGUGGACCUGUUCGGACACCCGACUGCCCCAGAGCGUCUCCUCGACGGCACGGUGCGCCACCCCGCGGCCGCGCAUAUCCUGCCGGCGGCUGCCGCGACGCCAGGCGCAGCCGCGGCGGAGGGCGUCCGGUGCAAGGAGGACCGGUACCCAGACACGGGCGGCAAGGCUGUCGUCCCGUGCGCCGUCGAAACCUGGGGCCGCGUGGACGCCAAGCUCUCCAACUUGCUGGACGAGCUUGCUGUGCUGGCGGCCCAGCGCCAGCGGGACCGCGGUGUCCUGCCAACGCGCUGGGGGGCCCGCUGGCGGACGUUGAUCAGCGUCCGGCUGGCCAUGGGCGUGGCCCGGGCCUUGCUGGACGCGGCGCCCGCUCAAUGCCGGCCCUGCGGCGCCGUGCGGAGCAGGGCGGCGCGGGGCACGCUGGCCGCGGGCCAGGCGGGCGGCUGGGCCGAGGGCCGGGCCGGCGGCCAGGCGGGCCGCGGGCCAG